GAUACACAAUACCUUGAAGAAAUGAAUGUCAUCAGAUCUGAGGAGCAGAUUCAACCUAUAAACCAUGCAGAGCAAACUCUCUUUAAAAUGGAGAAAUACUUGAAAGAGAAACAGGUGUGUGAUGUGCUACUCAUUGCCCGACACCUCCAAAUUCCAGCAUAUCGAUUGGUUCUCAGUGCAGUGUCUGAUUAUUUUGCUGCAAUGUUUACUAAUGAUGUGCUUGAAGGCAAACAAGAAGAGGUCAGGAUCAAAGGAGUAUAUCCAUAUUCACUUAAUUCCUUGGUGCAGUAUGCUUACACAGGUGUCCUGAAAUUGAAGGAAGAUACCAUUGAAAAUUUGCUGGCUGCAGCUUGUCUCCUGCAGCUGACUCGGGUCACUGAAGUCUGCACCAAUUUCCUAAUAAAGCAGCUCCACCCUUCAAACUGCUUAGGGAUUGGAUCAUUUGGAGAUGCCCAGGGCUGUACAGAGCUUCUGAAUGUGGCGCAUAAGUAUACUAUGGAACACUUUAUUGAGGUAAUACAGAACCAAGAAUUUCUCUUGCUUCCCGAUGAUGACAUAAAAAAACUUCUGUGCAGUGAUGAUAUCAAUGUGCCGGAUGAAGAAACCAUUUUUCAUGCUCUAAUGCGGUGAGCAGGGCAUGAUGUGCAGACUAGGCAACAAGACCUGGCCAGAUUGCUUUCUUACAUAAGACUGCCAUUACUCCCUCACAGCUUAAAUGCCAUCACCAUUGAUGAUAACCACAAUUUUUACUCUUUCCAUGUUGAGUGUCAGAAGUUCCUGACUGAAGCUCUGUAAUAUCAUCUGUUAUCUGAAAGAAGACGAGUGAUGCAAAGCCCUUGGACAAAGCCUAGAAAAUCAACUGUAGGGGCACUUUAUGCUAUGGGAGGAAUGGAUUCUAUGAGAGCAUUUACAGGUAUCAAGUUUCCUCAGAGCCUUGCUUUCUUGGCAUUCCACAGGAUUUGGUAUGAUCCAAAAAAUGAUUCAUGGUCAACUGUGGCACCUCUGAGUGGUCCUCGAGAUGCUGUUGCUGUGUGCCCUCUGGGAGAAAAGCUAUAUGUGGUUGGAGGAUAUGAUAGAUAUACUUAUUUGAACACUGUUGAGUCAUAUGAUGCACAGAAAAAUGAAUGGAAAGAGGAAGUUCCUGUUAACUUUGGAAGAGCUGGUGCAUGUGUUGUGGUUGUAAAGCUACCUUAA